AUGCCUAGUGAAGCAGGGAAAACGUUCUCGGUCCACUACGCUACCGUCGAACGCCAUACGCACGAACACAAACUCGUGAGCGUCAUCGCGGACGGACGCGAACUCACGACUGGUGGCAGUAUAGACCAGAAGAGUGGGAGCCUGAGGAACUGCCGUGUUUCUGAAACUCUGAGGCAACCUUUCAUGUUCGCUCAGGUAACCCUCGAGCCAGAUGAAGACCCGUCUACUGGUAGUCAGUCGGAUGACGUCGGCGUCAUCGAAGUCAAGAUCUGGGACGCCAUUUGGGAGACUAGUGACGGUCGCGAGCUGCUCUUGGAUGAGCCUACAGGGUUGGACACCAGUAUCCGUCUGUCCGAGAGGUCCAAACUUAUCGGCGCGAACCAUACCAAGCUCGGCGCCGUUCACACAUCCAAGCCGAUCAUUCGCCGUGGGAUUGUCACAGCGGUUGAUGUAGACGAGCCAGUUGGCGACUUUCCGCCACCGGUACCUGAACGUGACCUUCGGGAUGAUCCGGCAGCCGUGUCCGAGGAUCCGUCCGCCGAGCGCCCGGUGCAUCGGCGUAGGACACGUCAUGCACGGGAGUUGGUCGUCGUUGUCGUGCACGGUCGCAGCGUAUCGCUCUAG